AUGUUCACCAAGCUCGCUGAUCUAAAACCUUUCAAGUCCACUUGGAGGGUUCGUGUGAAAGUGUUACAUUCCUGGCGACAAUUCCCUGGCAUGUCAGGAGAGACGCUGGACUUAAUCCUGGCUGAUGAGCAUGGUUGUAAGAUGCAUGCUGGAGUCAAGAAGAGGGAUAUAGGCAGGCUAUCUAAAGAUCUGAAGGUCGGUGAAUGGAGAGUCGUUGAGAAUCUUGAAGUAAGGGAAGCGACUGGUCAAUUCCGUCCUACAGGCAUUGAUGGAGGGUUGAACCACUGCAUCCUCAUUGAUGUCAUGGGCCAGGUUCUCAAUGUCAAGGAUAUGAAAGUUGUACCUGUCGCUGGAAAAGAGAAGAGGAAGCUUGAGUUUGUUCUUAGAGACACUGAUGAUCAAAGAAUAAACGGAUGCCUAUGGGAAUCAUACGCUGACCAACUGCUACCUUCUGAUGGUCUAGCUAUUACUAUCACUGAGGAGGAUGAAGAGGAACUGCACCUUCAGAGGAAGCAGAAGGACGAGGAAUGGUUAAGUAUGGAUCUUAACUCGAUUUACGAAGUCAAGAGUUCCUCGGAGGUUGAGAAAUUUAGAAUUUCUGCCAAGGUAACUGCCAUCGAUUCCGAUUGGGGAUGGUACUACUUUGGUUGCGGUAAAUGUCAACACCGAGUCUUCAAAGACUUGAAGAAGGAGAACUCCACCAGACCACGACCACAGGUUCCCAUCUGGUACUGUGACAACUACAAAACUAACGUGAAAUCGGUCUCACCAAAAUUCAAGCUACACCUGCUGAUUGAAGAUGAUUCUGAUAAGACGAAGGUUAUGUUACUUGACUCUGUCGCAGAGGGACUAGUUACCAAGUCAGCCACCUUCCUACUAAAUGGUUCUACAGAUGAGAUUCAGGACCCAGAACUCUUACCUGAUUCUAUUAAAGAUUUGGUUGGAAGCACUUUUGAGUUUCUGAUUACUAGGGAUGACAGUCUCUGUCCCAUUGAAGAAGAAGGCGAGCAAUCAGUUGUAAAGAGCAACGGUUCAACUCCAUCUCCUAAGCGAGCGGGCGAAGACGUCGGAGGAGUACACGAGCUUUCAUCAACAUCAAAGAAGCCCUGCACAAAGGUUAUCAACCUUGAUGAAAAGAUCACGGAGAAGAGUGAUGGUGCGGAAGAAGCAAGCAUUUAG